AUGAAACCAUCAGUAGUCUCCCUCCUGUCUAUGGCUUGCUUCGCGGCAGCUUCCCGCGAGGGCGCUCCAAUCAUGAGGCAUCUCAUGUCUAUCAAAACGGAACAUCGCGAGCGAGCCCGGGCCCAGGGGCUAUUCAAACCAAAUAGCUACAUUGACCUCGGGAAGACGCCUUGUGCGAGUGGCAAAGCAGGAGAGUAUUCCUGUGAGAACGUUGAUCUCCUUGGUUUUCUAAGCCACCAGGCCAUGGGCAGUACGACCCGGGAGGGGAAUGAUAUCUGGGGAUGGACAUCGGCCGAUGGUCGUGAAUUCGGUGUCGUUGGCCAAACGGACGGAACGGCGUUUGUAGAAGUUCUGGACGAUGGCAGUCUACAGUAUGUCGGUCGUCUACCGACGCAGACAACGCCAACUAUUUGGCGAGAUAUGAAGGUGAUUGGGGAUCAUGCAUAUAUCGGGUCGGAGUCACCGGGGCAUGGACUUCAGAUCUUUGACUUGAAGAAGCUUCUCGACACGGACAGCAAUAACCCGACCAAUUUCUCGACAACGCAAGACCUAACGGCUUGGUAUAGCGGUUUCGGUAGCUCGCACAACAUCGUCGCGCAUGAGGAAACCAAUAUGAUCUUCGCCGUCGGUACGGCGAGGAACCUAUCCUGCGCGGGCGGUUUGUGGAUGCUCGAUGUGUCUGAUCCCGCGAAGCCGACGUCGCCUGGAUGUGUCAGCGAAGAUGGUUAUGUGCACGAUGCACAAUGUGUGAUCUACACCGGCCCCGAUGAGAAAUACACCAACCGCGAGAUCUGCUUUAACUACAAUGAAGACACCCUCACUAUCGUCGACAUAACUGACAGAGCGUCUCCCAUCCAGAUCUCCAAAACGCCCUAUGUUGGAGCAAGCUACACACACCAAGGCUGGAUAGCAGCCUCCGACAUGUCCUACCUCCUCUUGGACGACGAACUGGACGAACAGGACGGGACAGGAGAAGCCGCUAACGGACACACAACGACCUACAUCUUCGACAUCAAGGAUCUAGCCAACCCGAAGCAUACGGGGAGCUACCAGUCUCCCGUGCGGUCAAUCGACCAUAACCAGUAUGUUAUUGACGGGCUGACAUACCAAGCUAACUACGGGAGCGGAUUGCGCAUCGUCGAUGUCAGUUCUAUUAAGGACGAUCCCACGGGCAAGGGGUUCAAACAGGUUGGUUUCUUUGACUGCCAUCCCGAAGAUGAUGCCCAGGGUGGGGAGGUGGAAUUUGUGGGUGCUUGGAGUGUUUACCCUUAUUUUCGGAGCGGAAACAUUCUGUUGAAUAGUAUUGAGAGGGGUGUCUAUUCGUUGAAGUACACUGGAAACGCUUGA